AUGUCUUCUCAAGAGCAGCAGUGCAAGCAGAAGUGCAAGACACCUCCAGUGUGUGUAACUAAGUGCCCUGAUCCUUGCUCACCUAAGAAGGAUUCAGACCCUUGCCCACCUCAGCCGUGCCAGCAGAAAUGCCCUCCUGUGACACCUACCCAGAAAUGUCAGCAGAAGUGCCCACCCAAGGACAAGUAACAGCUUCAGCUUUUAUCUGCAUCUGGAAAGGAUAAGGGCAAUCGGCUGACCUAGUUCCACAGCUCCACCUUCAUCUUGUCUUCAAAGCCUAUCAUGGAUACAGAAGAAUCUUUCCACCCUUCAGCCGGCAGUCUGCGUGUGGUGAUUCCUGACGGUCAGAGGUUUCCUAUCUUAGUCUGCAAUACCGCUUCCCUCUUGAGCUACCCGAGAAAGCACAACAGAGCCUCAGGAGGAGAAGCAGCAGCUCUCCUCCUGGGGGCUCUCUGAGAAUUCUCUCGCUGUCUUCUCUGUCUGUCUGUCACCUGGGCCGCAGUUUCUACCA